AUGGCAGACGCCGAGUUAAAUGUCUGCCAGCAUGUCAGUGACGGAUAUGCCACUGAGAAUGUAACGGAGCGCAAGCCCCAGAAAACACUCCGUAGUGCGAUUUCAACUAUCGUGGAAAAGACGAGGCCAGAUCCUGGUGAAUACUAUCAAGAUGCAAAAUAUCCCGAAGGCGGCCUCCGUGCAUGGCUUGUUGUACUGGGUUCCUGGUGUGCCAUGGUGCCCUCUAUGGGUCUCUUGAAUACCAUCGGAGUCCUUCAUGCUUGGACAGCGGAUCAUCAACUGGCACAGUAUUCGUCUUCCAGUUUGGGAUGGAUCUUUGGUGCUUUUAGCUUUUUCCUCUAUUUCGGGGGUGCUCAAGUUGGGCCCAUCUUUGACAGCCGUGGAGUGCUACCAGUGGUCGUACCAGGAUCCAUUGGCAUAGUUCUAUCCAUCUUUUUCUUCAGUGCAAGCACCGAAUACUACCAAAUAUUCUUAUCCUUCAGCGUUCUUGGUGGCAUCUCCUCUUGCUGCCUGUUUACCCCAGCCAUCUCCGCCGUCGGCCACUGGUUUGACGUACGUCGCGGCCUUGCAACCGGUAUUGCUUGCACGGCUGGCGGUCUCGGUGGCGUCUUCUUCCCUUUAAUCAUUCUAUACGUUGGCCCGACACUCGGCUUCGCCUGGGCAAUGCGAAUCAUCGGGGUCAUCUGCUUCGUCUUGUGUGCUCUGGCUUGCUUAUUACUCAAGACGCGGUUACCACCCAACCAGCAGGCUGGCAUGGCAAUUGAUCUCAAAGCCCUCUUGGAACCGAAAUAUGCCUUGACCACACUGGCCGUCUGGCUCGUCGAGUUUGCCGUCUUCAUCCCGUACACGUACAUUGUGUCUUAUGGGUUGUACGCCGGCUUGGAAACAUCCAUGGCAUACAAACUGUCCGUCUUCCUGAACGCGGGGGCUAUCCCAGGACGAGCGUUCCCGGGAAUCCUGGCCGACCGAAUGGGCCGAUUCAACGUGAUGACCAUGACAGCCGUUAUUUGUGCGAUCUGUACGCUAGCGCUAUGGUAUAAGGCGGGCACUAAUGAAGGUGCGAUUAUUGCAUACGCCGUGCUAUUCGGGUUCUGGAGUGGGGCAGCGAUCAGCUUGACGCCGGUGUGUAUCUCGCAAGUCUGCCGGACCGAGGAUUAUGGAAAGCGCAAUGGGACCACCUUCACACUAGUCAGUGUCGGCACAUUGAUUGGCAUUCCACUUGCGGGGGCAAUUCAGGAAAGCAAUGGAGGGGAGUACUGGGGACUCAUCCUCUUCGGCGGAGUUUUAUAUCUGGCGUCGGGUGUUGCUUUGGCUAUGCAGCCAUGGUUCGAUGAGACGUACGGCUCCCUCAUAGAUAAAUUGUCGGCCUCAGCCCCACUCCAACGAGCCAAAUCCGCCGAUGCUGCUCUGCGCUAUCUCGACAAUAACAAUCCUCAAAUCAUCAUCAUUACCGAUGAAGGUUUGACCAAGCGGAGUAAUCAACCAGUCCUGGACCGAGUGAUCGCCUACGUUCGGAAUGGUGGCAAGGUCAUUGUCGGUCUACACUUCACCAGCUUCACCCAGAUGGAUGCCUUCGAUCGUUUUUUCAACGCAUUUGGUCUGCCCUGGAAACAUGGGGAUUACCACCGCACCGAUUUUGCGUUCAACCCGGCCUGUUCCUUGCCCCCGGGCACCGUGCCGACCUCAUUCCCGGGACCGUUUAGCAUGAAGGUGUUGCAUGUUCAGAAUGCGCGACCCCAUGAGAAGAUCUUCAUCCCUCUGGCUGGUGGACAGACUCAGUCACAUGUGUUUCUACCCGAAGAGGUCGACCAGUCACAGGCAGCUGUGGUAGGAGCACAACUGGGCAAUGGGCAUCUGAUUUACUGCGGAGAUGUCAAUCACGAGGAGGGAUCAAGCAAAGUGAUUCAGGCUCUCUGCGGUCUGUGA